AUGUAUGUUGCAUCGCGGAACAAGGCCCGUGGCAAUUGCUUUCACAGUGCAGAGCAAGUGCGUGAGUUCACUGAAAGCUUGUACCUUUCAGCUUCCGUGGAGGAUUUAGUGUCUUUGGAAUGCGGCGAAUCUCAGAGUCACGCAAGGAUUCGCCAAUCGGCCGUUGUCUUCCUUGCGGAAAUGCGUGCGGUGGAUUGGGUGGAGCAUCAAAACAGGUGUGGCGCGGCUCCUUCGUCGGCAGCCAUGGCCCACGCUUUCCUGACGUUUUGCAAGCGUCUUGGCCACGACCUAUGGGAGGGCGCGCUCGCCAGGGCUCUGGAGAACAGCCGCGUGAAUCACUCGAGCGGACGCUACUUGCGCAAAUGGUCUGAAGACUUCCGUGCUCGUUGGAACAUCGCCUUUCGCGUCCUCACUCCAGCACCAUGUUUGGCGUCUCCAGAUAUGGUUGUGAAGGUGCAAAGCUUGUGGCAGUGGAUCUUUUGGUUGCGGCGCCGUUGCCUCGCUGCUGGCAAAAUUCCUCUCCUGAUGAACUUAGAUGAGACCUACGUGGCGUGGAGCCCCGAUCCACCAGGCAAUGUUGUUCGGAAGCCUCGCGUUGUCCGCGUUGGCAUCGCUCCCAAGCGCCGCCGAGGGGGUUUCACGUUUACGCCCAUCAUAUGUACUGAUGAAAGAGUGCAGCCGCUGCUACCUCGGUUCCUGGUGGCAAACCGACGGGUGCUCAGCGCAGCGGUGCUACGAAGGGCCUUGCCGAACAAGCCGGCCAACUUGCAUGUCUGGCGAGAGUCGAGUGGAUGGUCAACUUCGCGGCUCAUGUGCCGCAUGCUCGGGGGGCUUGCGCUCACCAUGGCACCCUUGCCACAAUAUCAGGCCAUUUUGCUUUUCGACUGCCACGGAUCACACAUAUCACCAGAGACCGUGCGUUGCGCGAACAGGCUGGGCGUGUGGCUUUGUGUUGUGCCUGCAGAGCUGACCGCAGCAAUCCAGCCGUUGGACAGGUUGGCUUUCUCUGCUUUCAAGAUAAGACUUAGGCAACAGUACCAACAGGACUUGGGUGCAAGGGAAAUGCUCCCCGAGCAGUAUUUGCGCAGAGUGUUUGCCCUGAGCCAAAGCUUCUUCAAUGCAAAGCGGUGGAAACCUGGAUUUGCUUCUUUGGGCUUUGAACCACACCCUGUCCGGUUGUCCCGCUCACUGCAAGGAUAUGAGGAGGCACUAGCCCUCGUCCCUGCAAGCGCCCCGACACGGGAGCAAAUCGCACAGCUGUUUCCUCGGAACUACGUCUUCACGGAUGAAAUCUUCGACUUAUGGACUUGCGCUGCACGCGGGCCGCGUGCGCGCGUGCGUCUGUGA